CAGCGGGACGGAGGCAGAGGACGAGCUGCAGAAUCACAACAGACCCCAGACACGGCCACCCUCCGCUACCUGCUGACUGCCCCUCAGCCGCCACCCGACACCCGCCCAGCACGGCGCUUGCGCGUUGGGCGGCAAGGCGCACGCGCACAGAGCACCACUCGUGCACCACCCUCCAUGCGGGAGACGGGAACGAGCAGUGCGCAUGCGCCCCGUUUGGCGGGCAGGACGGUUUGCUGACGGCUCGGCGGUGGAGUGCGGACUCUGUGGGUGCAGUGAGGAGCGGAGUGAGUGCCGGAGCCGUGUUAAGACUGCAAAGUGGGAAGCCUAUAUAAAUAGGCAAGCCCGAAACAGCUGUUCUCCUGAAGAAUUCCCUUGCUGCCGAGAAGAUGGUACACCCCGUGACUCGAAGCAACCGAGCCGAUGGGCGAGGCAGAGGAGGAACAAACUGUGGGGAAAGGAAUCGAAACAAUGGGACGCAAAAGCAACAAUGGCUGAACUUCCCCAGGACUGUAAAAUGGGGAAAACCGCUGGUGGGAGAUCAGCAAAGAAACCAGUUAAACCAGGGCAUUCCAUCAAGAAAAAGGGAACAGAUACAGAAGGAAGAAAACCAGGUGGUAAAGGAAAGGUCACCCAGACAGUCAAAAGAAAAGCUAAGGAAGACAGUGACUGUUCCCCUGUAGGAGAAAAAGGUUUUUCGAAAAAAGUGAAGCUAACCAGUGCUAAAAUAGCAUCUUGGAAGACUCUCUCAGAGAGCAGUAGGCAGUUUCUGGAAACUGUAAUGGAUUCAAUAAUACUAUCUAUUUUGUGCCAACAAAGGGAGAGAAAAAGUGUUGUUCAGGACCGCCUCAAUUUACUGAAAGAAAGAGUGCUGAGAUGUUUCAGGACUAUAAAGGUGCCUCCACAGAAGCUGGGCAACCUGAAGAAUCUCUCAAACCUUCAGAUGGUGGAGAAAGAAACGCUAAAGGCAAAUGAAGAGAGUUUGGUACGAUUGCAGGAAGAAAUAAAUGAAGCUAAGCAAUCAGCAGGCCGCAGGGAAGAAAAUAUACUGCAACUGCAGAACAAAAUCCAGGUGCUCAAGAACCAGUUAGAGGAAGAUGAAAAAAAGGCCAAGAAGGUAUUCCAGGAAAAUGUCAGUGGAGCACUCCACCUUCCAGAACUCCCCAAGCGCAGUUUACAGGCACCCACUUUGCAGGAAGAAAUUUUGAAGAUGAAAAAUCAGGAAGGUCUUUUAAAGGAUAUGAAUACUAUUCAGCAAUCAGCUGACUUGAAGGACUUGUUAACCCUUAUUGAAAAGACCUACGAGAAGGUGGACUUCCUCUGAAAGACCAAAAUGUACAUACAUAUAUAUAUAUAUAUCAAAUGGAAAGAAAAAUAGAAUUAUCUGGUUUCUAUAUUGAGCCUCCUUUGAGGAAGAUAAUCUGGGCCAGCUCUCUGUGUUACUGUAGAGCAGCAGGAUGCUGAUCAUGGAAACGGUAUUUUUGUCCUAGUGGCUUUACAGCUGUAACUGCUGAAUUUCUGUUUCUGUGAAUAUUGAUAUACAAAUAUGUAGAGGCAUUCUGCGACUGUAGUGACUUAAGUGAUUGAACAAGGUUUUGGGGCUGGGUUUCUUUUUUUGUACCUGGAAUGACUUCUAAUGAUACUAUGUACUCUUUUAGGGAAAGGGAGGGAUAUGAAUUCUUGGUUUGGGUAUUUUUGUAGGACGAGUAACAUACUCCAUUAUAUUUGAACACUUAUUAUAAUAUUUAUAGAUCAGUGCAGGUAGUAUCUAUUACCAUACUAAUGUUUGUUUUGGAGUUAAAUCCGCUUUAAAUUUGAAACCCGGAUUUAAAAUAUGAUUAGCUGAUGCUCAGUUGCAAAUCUCCAGUUCAGCUUUCUUACCACUUUUAACUAAAAAAACCUCUAUGGUAGGGAAUUGAAUAAUUGAGUAUCACAUAUACAGGAUUUUUUACAAUUUCAUAUUCAUCACUUAAACCAGGUUAGUGGUAUUUUUUUAAUUGGGUUUUGUUGUUCGGGGUUUUUUAUGGUUUUUUUUUGGUGGGUUUUUUUUUCUUUAUAUGUGUAUAUAUAUGUUUUAAUGCGGAUGGCUGAGAAUGCACAUAAGAACAUUAUAGAGCAAAGCUCCAAUCUUAGAGUUGUGUACUUACCUUAUAUUUUAUUAACUGUCAGGUCAUCUUUGCUUCAGAGGAAGAAAAUAAAAGUUGAAAGUCUCUUUUCCUGUGCACUUUAAUCUCUCCCCUAUUUUUUUCAUGAUGAAGCUUCUCCCUUAGAAGAUUAAGUGCCUUCUCCAGUCAAAUUAUCUACUGGAAGAUGGCAGUGCUCUUUAUGUCUACUUACCCCUCAAA